AUAGAUAUAUUAUUAAUAAAACACAAGUAUCCUUUACAAAAUUUAACAGCCAAAUAAGCUCUUCAGUUGUCAGUUGUCACCUACUUCCAUCAUCGAACAAAGAACAAAAAUACACUCAACGUUGCAGUAAUUCUUCCCCAAAAUCCAAUCAUAAUGCAAACCCUAAUUUACAGGAAACCAAUUUUCAGAUUUCAUCGCCACCUCCCAAUCUAUGAUCCACAGAAACAUCAAAAUCACGAUUACCUCAUAAUUCAUCCCAAAAGACGCCAUUACCAUCCUUUGAAAACUCCGAAUCUAUGCUCUCCCGCAUCUCCUCAAUCACUGAGCUAUGGUGGCUGGGAUGAUCUUCAACUCAUCGGUGACUCGGAUCAAUCUGGUGAGUCAAAUCAGUUCCGUAAUUUUCUGAGUUCAUCUGGAAUUGGUGAUAAGAAGUAUGUAUUUGUGUAUCUGUUUGGUUUCGUUUGCGCCUUGGCGAUUUCUAGAGUUAAGGUCUCCACGAUUAUCGUAUUUCCAGCUUGUGCAAUUGUAUUUGCUCUUGGAUUUUCUGCUGGGUGGGUCAAAGGGGGUCAAUUGAAUGAAUCAAGAUUAAUCGAGGAUAAAAAAAAGUUUAUAGACGACACUUUUAGAGGUCUCGUUGAGAAGUUGAGUAAUUUAGAGGAGAAUUUGGGUGGGUGUAAUGCCGAGAUUCUGAAUGUGAAGAACGGUAUUAGAAGAAGCAUCGAACACAAUCAAGUUACAGUAACUGAUUUAGAAGGCUAUAUUGAUGUUAUAGAAUCGGCCGAUGUAUCUUUACAAAGCACACUUGAUGUUGUACGAAGCUGUAUACAGAGUAUAGUAUUAGGUGGUAAUGAAUCAGGCCGAAAAAGAAAGAAAUCGGGUGAGAACGGGUUUAAUUUCUCUCGAUACUUGUCUAGUUUGAUCGGACGGAACUUCGAUGGUCCAAAGCCUGGUAAAAAGGAAGUCUCUAGUAAGGUGGAAUUGAUGGAUGUAGAGGCAAACAAUAAAAGUUCGACAAACAUUUUAGCUUCUGCCGUCAAAGACAGAAAUUCGGAAAAUGAGAAUAAAAGUAUGUCAGGUAGCCCUUUUGAUAGCACUGUAAGAGCUCAAGAUAGAGUUGAAUAUUUUGCCGACGAGACUGAAACUGAAAAUGUAUCACUUGAAAAUGAGACAGAUUUUGACCAGACAAUCUAUAAUUACAAGAAUAAGACAUCGAAGCUUGUAAACGAACAAGCUUAUUUGGAAGAUUUUGAUGAUGACAUAGAAACAAUGUCAUCUCAAAAUGAUUCGUACAGUUCUGUCGAUGUUAGCAUCAGUAUGAACCGUAUAAAAACCGCUAAUAGAAAUUAUUCGCGUAUUGAGAAAAUGGAAGAGAGCCAACACGAGUCUCGUAGAUAUUUUCGUAAAAAGGGGCCCAAAAAGAGACCUUCCUCUGCUAAUCAAGAAUUUGAACCCGAAAAUAUCCUCGGUGAUGAUUUGGAAUUCAAUAGGUAUAUAGCAGAAGCUAAUAAUCUUUUCAAAGAAGCAAAAGGGUAUUUCAGGCAAAAAAUAGUUGACGGUAGGGUGGAGCAUGCACUGCAUAAAUCUGCAGCACUACUCUCGAAAGCAAUAGAGAUGAGGCCCAUGAGUUUACUGGCCGUGGGCCAGUUGGGAAACACGUACCUCCUUCACGGAGAAUUAAAACUAAGAACGAGCCGGGAAUUGAGAUCACUACUUGUGAGAAGUGACGAUCCCUUACCAGCUGGCAAAGACAAGAUUUCGUCGUCUCUUAUUGAUGUGUGUGAAGAAUGUGAAGAGCUUCUAAUGAAGGCAGGAAGAAAGUACAAAAUGGCAUUGUCGAUUGACGCUAGUGAUAUGAGAGCAUUGUAUAACUGGGGACUUGCUCUUUCUUUUCGGGGCCAGUUGAUAUCAGAUAUCGGACCGAGUGCUGCUCGUGAUGCGGACAAGGUUUUCCUGGCUGCCAUAGACAAAUUCGAUGCCAUGAUGUCCAAAAGCAAUGCUUAUGCACCUGACGCUCUAUUCAGAUGGGGCACAGCAUUGCAGCACAGGUCUCGGCUAAGGCCAAGUCGCAGUCCAGAGAAGGUGAAGUUAUUGCAGCAAGCUCGAAGAUUAUACGAAGACGCACUUGACAUGGACUCGGGCAACAUCCAACUACAAAAGGCUUUGUCAUCAUGCGUAUCUGAGUUGAGGUAUAUCACAUGAUGUGAAAAUAAUAAGGCACUCUAAUCAGUUGAGGUACCCUUUCUUAAUAAUCAUUUUACACAAAGAAUAAAGAAUUCCCACACAUAAAUGUUCCAGAUUUUUGUCUGAAUAAUAUGUAAUUACCCCGAUCCACAUAUAGAAGGAUUUUGCUGCAAGAACCUGUAUUUUAUAGGACACAUUUUGUUCCCUUAUUUUUCACUGUAAUUAUGUAAACAUUAUACAAUAAUAUACUUAAAUUUUUUCCUUU